UUAGCUGGCCGUCGAAAUGGACCGAGAGAGAGUGCUUCAUUUGAUUCAUUGCAACUCUCUUCCGAUUGCACUAUAAUAUACUUUUUUUAAGCAUAAAUUUGCAAAGGUGUAUCCAAUCUGUGUCAAAUAUCGAUCGUGAUGUAAUUCUUGCUUUUGGUUAAUCAACGCAAAUGGUGUGUGCAAAGUGCUUACGAAUCCGAAUAUGAAAGGGAAAUUAGACGAAAAUCUCAUGCACAAUUCAUACCGAAAAAUCGAGUUUCAUUCAACGGAAGGAAUUAAUUUGGUUUUCGUAAGUAAAAAAAACUGAGUGUCCACAUGCAAAAGAGGUAGAGCGUCCACAAAAAGGAGGGACAGUUUUUAGUGCGAUUUGAGGUAUGUAUAAAAGUUCGCAAUGUUGCAAAGUCAAAUCAAUUCACAUUCAGUUCUCACUGGCAUCAGUUCGAAUUUCAAAAUGAAGUGUUUGGUAGGUUUCUAUUUUGACCGAAAAAAAAUCGAAAUUGGUUGAAAUAAACUUGGUUUUUAAUGUGCAUUUUCAUUCAUUUGUACAGGCAAUUUUGUUGGUGGUUUCAGUCCCAUUGUGCGUUAGUGUCGAGAAGAAGGAAAAACGUGGCAUUAAUCACGAGCACGGCUACGCUGCAGCCACACCACUCCACGCUGCUCCACUCCCAGCUGCCCAUUUCCACGCCGCUGAGCUCCCAUCUCAGCCAUUAUUUGCCGCAGCUCCAGAUUAUGCUGCUCAACAACAUUUUGCCGCUGAGCAAUUGCCAUUGGCGCAUGAUAUUACUCCAAUGCUUCAACCAAGUGCCGGUUACGCCGUUCAAGCUGCACCAGCUCAAGUUCAAACCAUUGUCAAGCAAAUCGCUGUCCCACAUGAACACUUAAUUCCUAUCGACAAUCCAGUCCCAUUUCCCGUAGAACGUCCAGUACCGAUCGAUAAUCCCGUGCCACAUGUAAAAUUGGUAGAACAACCUGUACCAAUCCACGUCGACGUACCGAUUACUGUGCCUAUUGUGAAACAAAUCCAAGUUCCACAGCCACACGUGCAUCAUGUGAAGUUGCUGCUUCAAAAAGUGUUGGUUCAACAACCAGCAGCACCACAAAAAUAUAUCGUCAUUCAACAGAACUCACGUAGUGGCCAUCAUGGUUGGGGAUGGGAUUAAGAAGUAGCAAAAAAAACCAUUACUAGUUAUUUAAGAAGA